UUUGAGUGUGGCGACGGCAGAUGCAUCCACAAUCGUUGGGAAUGCGACGGCAGGAACAACAACUGCGGGGACUGGAGUGAUGAGAAGCAUUCCGACGUCCCCCGCUUGACUGUCACGCCGGCCGUGACCUCCGCCAGCGCUUCUUGGCCGUGGCGGACUGAGCAAUUUUUCAACGUAACUCUGGCGAUGAAAUCAAGAGAAGACUGUGACCCAAUUAAACCCGAAGAUGUUCAACAUGAGCGCAUACAGCUAGGGCUGCAGCAAAGGCGCAUGCAAGCAUACGUGACGCAGCUGCAGGCGUACACUGAGUACGAGGUGUGCGUGUACGCAUACAACGGGGGAGGAGGAGGGAGCAAAAAGUGCAAAGUGUUCCAGACCCUCCCGCGCGAUGCUCCUGGGCCUGUGGAGGAGUUGACCUCUUCCUCAACGUCCACUUCCAUCAGCCUGCGGUGGAGGAAACCUUGUCCUCCCAUGGCCGCCAUCAGGGGCUACCGUGUCAAGGUGGCUAGACUCCAAGAUGGGGCUAGAGUCAAGGUGGCUAGAGUCACUCACUACGUCCAAGCAUCGGAGUGCAGCGACAGCGCAGCCCACUUCUGCCACACCAUCAAGGAACUACAACCUGAACGCACGUACAACAUUGAGGUCAGGCUCAGUCUCUACUGCUUCAUAGAGACGGGGCUAAAACAUAAGAAGUUCGUGUCCGACAUCUUGACGUCGACCAAGGCAGAAGAUGACUAA